GAGUGAGAGGAGGCGCACGCGUCGCACACACACUCCCUCUUUCUCGCCUCCUACCCCCGUCCUCCUCCCUUCCUUACCGCCAGACUCACAACGCUUAACAACUCACAACCACUUCAUGAUCAGUGACUUGAGUGCAUGACGGCUGGUGAUAUUCCCUCCCCACGUACAAGGACAGUGCCGCGGUGCCUGUUAGUGUUAGCUUCACGCACGUGGAUCAUGGUGCCACUGGGAUCACGGACGCUGCCACACCUUCGCUAGAGGAGUCACACCUGUACUAAGGAUUACACGGGGCACAGGAGCGAGGAGGUGGUGCCCGCGCCCCACCCAUGUUGCAGCCGCCGCCCCUCUCCGCCGACCACUUCCCUGCCCCCGCCAUGUCCGCGGAGUGUGAGGCCGCCCCUCCCCAGUCCCUAGCCAGUACGCUGCCUUCCGCCUCGCCCCGCACAGCCACCACCUCUAAGCCACCAGAGAGGCACGGCGCCAGCGGCAUCAGCUACGAGGGCCGCGUGUCCGUCAUCCCGCCCCUCGCCGGCUACGAGGCCACCAUGCGGGCCGCUAUGGAGCUGGACCGUGCACACGGCGCCGACCAGCAGCUGGGCCACGGUGACAGACAGUUUGGCACGCCGCAGAUGCAGCAGGACUUGCGCCGUCUGUAUGAGCAGCGCGUCAGGAUGCACGAAGCGUCGCAGAUGUACGAGGCCGCCAGGCAGGCCUAUCCCAAGCAGAACGAGGUCUUCAUCCCCAAGGAGGAGCCCCUGGGAGAGCAGGAGGGGGAGGCCGGCGUGCCCCGCGGCGAGGACACCACCAUGGGCCGCAGGGAGCCGUCCCCGCAGGCAUGCCACUCCCAGGUGAAGGAGGAGCCGCAUGACGGCGAGGCAGAUGCAGGGGAGGGUUUUUCCUUCCCUCGGCAGGAUAACGACUCCGUUAGGUCGCCCAUUAACAAGGCGGGCGAGUCUCCAGAUCUCCCCACAGAUUGCGCACGCACGCAGGCCGCCGAGGACCUGCACUACAAGCACAACGACAGCUCGGACCGCAUGUCGCCCUACGAGGAGAGUCUGCAGGGCAACGAGGAACGCAUGCCGUCCAGCGUGGAGCAGGACUGCGACGACACCACGGACUCCAUAGGUGCUGCCGGUGACGGGGACAUGGACCAUCUGUCGCGCCUGCAGCAGGCCAUGCAGCUGUCGGGCGUCAUGUCUGGCAGAGGCGAGGGUGAUGAGGACAAGCAGCUGUUUCAGUGCCACCUGUGCUCCUACUCCUGCGCCUCCCGCUGCCAGUUCAACACGCACCUCAACACUCACUACGACCACAAGUGCACCAAGUGUGAGUUCACCACGCACGCGGAGCCCAAGCUGCGGGAGCACCUGCAGGAGGAACACGGCCUCAGCCCGGACUGCCCUGAGGACAUGGAGGGCAUCCGCGUGCCUCGGGUCAACGCACAAGGCAAGGUGAAGACCUUCAAAUGCAAGCAAUGCGACUACGUGGCCAUCACCAAGGGGGACUUCUGGGAGCACGCGCGCUCGCACAUCAAGAGUGAGAAGCUGCUGGCGUGUCCCAAGUGUCCCUUCGUGACGGAGUACAAGCACCACCUAGAGUACCACCUCAGGAACCACUUCGGCUCCAAGCCCUUCAAGUGCAACAAGUGCAACUACUCGUGCGUCAACAAGUCCAUGCUCAACUCGCACAUGAAGUCCCACAGCAACGUGUACCAGUACCGCUGCUCGGACUGCACCUAUGCCACCAAGUACUGCCACUCCCUCAAGCUGCACCUGCGUAAGUACGGCCAUAACCCCGCCAUGGUGCUCAACCCUGACGGCACGCCCAACCCCAUCCCCAUCAUCGACGUGUACGGCACGCGGCGCGGCCCCAAGCUCAAGAAGGACGAGAAGGGCAUGCCCAUCUUGCCGCCGCACUACCAGCUCCAAGCGCAGCUGCUCAAGGCACAGAUGCAGGCCAACAAUGCCCUGCCCCCCACCACGCCCAUAGAGCCCGCCCCCGCCAAGAAGACCUCCAGGAAGCCGCCCCCAAUGCCGCCCGUCUCCAUCGCAGGCUCCCCUCACUCCCCCUACCCUUACCCCUACCCCAGCGUCAUGGAUAACUUCCAGAGCUCCUCGCCCAUCCUAUCCCGCGCCCUCGAGAAAACCUCCGAGGAGCCGCGCACCCUGGAGAGCCGAGAGCACCUGCGGGACCUACUGCUGGAGAGGGAGCGCGCCGCGCAGGGCAAGCCCCCAUCUCCCCUGGAGGGUCUGCGGUGCACCCUGUGUGACUUUGUGGCCGACUGCCGCGAGACGUUCUCGCAGCACAUGAUGGCUCACGCCGCCUCCGAGGGGCGCGAUGAGAGCAACACCUCCCCGCGCUCCCCCCAGGCCAUGGAGCACUCCAGCGGCGUCUCGCCUGAGCGUCGGUCACUCUCGCCAGCCCGCCUCCCGCUCUUCCCGCACCAGGCGCCUCCCCCACCACCGCCGCCGCCGCCGCUCACCUCGGAGGCUAGCCACAUGUAUGCCCCGCUGGCCGCCGCCCACAACCUGAAGGAAUACCUAGCGCGUGCCAUGAACCCCUUCAUCUACCAGCAGAUGGUUGGAGGUCAGAUCCACCCCGCCUUUGGCCUGCAGCAGCACCUGCAGCAGUUCACGCACCCCGCUUUCCCGGGCCCACGCCCGCUGUUGCCCAUGGAGGAGGACCCGCGCCUCAAUUCACCCCAGUCUCAACCCCAGGCCCCGCCUCCAGGCACUCUCGCCCACUACGGAGGCGUGCUGGACCUCAGCAAGGAACAGACACCGCUGCAGCAGCUGAGCAUGGUGAAGGAACAGACGCCGCCCCAGCAGGUGCGCGACACCAGCAAGGAGCCGCCGCCCCUGCAGCAGCAGCGCGGUGAGUGUCGCGCCUCAGUGUCUCCCAACCACUCCUCGCCGCAAUCCUCGUCUCCGCCUCGCUCAGAAACAUCCACUCCGCCCUCCAAAAAUCGGCGCAAGGGCCGCGCCUUCAAGCUGGAGCGCAUCGCACUGCGCCUCAGCGAGAGUGCAGAGGGCGAGAGCUCCGGCCACGAUGAGGACGCGCGCCGCGAGGAGGAGGAGAGUCCCGGUAAGGGCGUCGAGAGCCGCAUGCCGCCCCUCAUGCCCCUGCCGCAGGGCGACGGGCCGCAGGAUGGGCAGCAUGAGGUGUGGCAGGGUGCCCAUCACUGCCAGUUCUGCGACAUGGCCUUCAAGGACGUGGUGAUGUACACCAUGCACAUGGGCUACCACGGCUACCGCAACCCCUUCACCUGUAACAUGUGCGGCCACCAGGCCUCUGACAAGGUGGCCUUCUUCCUCCACAUCGCCCGCUCCUCCCACUCCUGAGCGCCCCGCCCCGCUCCUCCCCGCCAGGCCCCGUGAGUGGUGAUCUCAAGUGCAGUCCGGUGUUUCGCGCGAUGGUGAGGGGGCGAGCACCAGGGCGGCCCCCAGCCCGUGGCGCGGCUCUGGGCGCUUCUAGACAUGGUCGUAGGCUCUAGUCAGCUAUAGGACAUGUACUGUACAUACUGAACCACACUGAACGUAGCAACGAUGCCCCGCCGGGCGUGUCAGUGAGUGAGGUGCUCGUGUGCCGCCCUUCACCACUCUCAUGGCCAACAGUGAACCCUGGAGCUGGUGUGUCUGUGUGUGUGUGUGUGUGCGUGUGCGUGUGCGUGUGGCGCGCCCGCGCUGUCCCUAGGUGUCACCAUAUUCCCUGUCCGUCAACAUUGUGCCACAGUAUUAGUUUGGAUGUACGCGGGUAUUAGUUGGUAGCGCCCAAGGCUCCGUGCCAGGGUGGGCGCCGCGUCCCUGAGGACCGCUGGGCGCCCUUCCGUGCGAGGAAGGCCGCCACACCGCGCCUCGCACCCCUGUUUGUUCCUCGCGCUGCGUUUACACGCCGGUCCGUCAGCGGCCCGCUAGAUGCGUGCCACCACUCUACGCCCCGCAGCCCGCACCGGUGCGCACUGCCCAGCAGGAGGUCUGACGCAGACGGCGCCGAGUAGACCUUGCUCCGUGUCAAUCAUUCUGUGCGGGACGUUUGCCGCGGGCUGGGCCAGCAGGCGGGCGGGCCUGGAGCGUGGCCGCCACCGCCGCGGAGGUGAUGAUGGUGUUGUUCCUUUCGUAACUUUAUACUCAGGGAUGGAGUCGAGUGGGGUCGGAAGCCUCACGCAGCGGGGGAGAGAGAGGAGGGAGCGAGCGGCGAGAGAGGGAGGGUGUUCUGAUGCACGCAGAGAAUAAUCCCGCCACGGCCUCCUCCCCCGCCCCCCCCUCCUGCUCCCCCCAGUCCUACAGCCACCUCGCAUUCUGCCAUAACAAACGUGUCCCCGUCUCUGUCGCGCUGUAGCCACGUGUCCUAAGGCGUAUAGAAGAGAAUAUUAGUCUGUAGUAUAUGUACCGUGCUGUACCGUAGUGUACUACCACCGUGGAGGGUGGCAAGGCUGCACCGCACACUCGGUAAGCAGUGAACCCGUGGACAAACAGACAUGAGUGUGUGUGGGUGUGUGUAAGUGUGUGUGAGUGUGUACGUGUACGGGUGUGGGUAUAGGUGUACAUAGGCACGUAUUCACACGCACUGGCUUCCCCGCCCCUCCAGGAAGCCACGCCCGCGCCCUGCACCCUGGGCUAGUGAAACAGUAACCACCGAUCCUUCUGUUCGCCUGUGCUUGUGUCAGAGAGAACAGCGGAUGACUGGAUUCCUUGCGUUUCCCUUCUGUUCCCCCUCCUUCACCCCUUCCUUCACUUCCUUCUUCCCUCCCUCUCACCUCCUUCACCUCUUCCUUCAUCUCCUUCUCCCCUCCCUCCCCCUUCCUUCACCUCUUUCACCGUGUACAACCGUCAUAUGUUCCUGUUUAAUUGGUGAGGGUCAAUCCAGAAAGUGUAUUUUUUUGUGCUGUGUGUCUUAUUAUGCAUGUAAUGGUAAGGUGCUAUUACUAUUAUUAUUAUCAUUAUUUUUAUUAUUAUUAUCAUUAUUAUUAUUAUUAUUAUUAUUAUUAUUAUUAUUGUGGUGGUGAUGUCAAUGAAGUCAGUGUUGUUAUUCAUUAUUACUGAUGGUACAAUGUGACGUGUCUUCAUUAUUCUCAAGCUAAUUAAAAGGCAAUGAAACAAAAGUGAAUUAAAAUGAAUGGAUGCUUUUUAUUUCAACUUCAUCCAGUUAUGUUAUUAUUAUUAUUAUUAUUAUUAUUAUUAUUAUUAUUAUUAUUAUUAUUAUUAUUAUUAUUGUCAUCAUCAUCAUCAUUUCUGUUCCUGUAUUUCUGGAUUCAUCUCACAAAUAUAUUUUUCCGUCACAUCGAGGCGUUGUGUGUGUGUGUGUGUGUGUGUGUGUGUGUGUGUGUGUGUGUGUGUGUGUGUGUGUGUGUGUGUGGCUGGUCCUCUC